GGGGGCUCGCUGCCGGCUUUGAGCCGCGGAGGAUGCGGCGCCGCAGGCCAAUUAGGCCCGGCGAAGUGGUGGGGCCCGAACGCCACGGCUAGCAGGAAUCGGGAGAAAUGGCUUCCCUUGGAUGCCGCCCGCACGCGCGCUGGGGUUUUGUCCGCCCUGGAGUGCGCUGCAGUGAGGACCCGCUGACCCGCGCCCUUACAGCGGAGCUGGUGCCGGGCCUUCAAGCUGGGGGAAACGAUGCCCUGCGGGGAUGGAACGGCAUUCUCCUGAACGCCGCCGGUUGAUCUCACUGACUGGAUUGAUUUUGGGUACCUCAUCUCUUACGGGAAAUGCCCUGGUCUCACUGGGGCUGGAGGGCAUCUGAACUUUCACCCAUUCUGGUACAUUUCAGUCUCAAAACUAGGAAAAACAAGGAGGCAUGGCUGUGGAGGAACUUCAAUCCGUAAUAAACAGAUGUCAAAUUCUAGAAGAGCAAGACUUCAAAGAAGAGGAUUUUGGUCUAUUUCAGGUAGCAGGCCAAAGAUGCAUAGAUGAAGGACACAUAGACCAGCUACUAGAAAUUAUUCAAAAUGAAAAGAAUAAGGUCAUCAUCAAGCACAUGGGCUGGAAUCUUGUUGGUCCUGUUGUUCGAUGCCUUUUAUGGAAUAAUAAGGAAGAUGAUAAAAGAAAAUAUUUUCUGAUGCUUGAUUUAUUGAUAAAGUUAUGUAAUCCAAAGGAAUUAUUGUUGGGUUUGCUUGAACUGAUUGAAGAGCCCUCUGGAAAACAGAUAUCCCAAAUUAUUCUUCUUUUACUUCAGCCAUUACAAACAGUGAUACAGAAACUUCAUAGCAACAAGGCAUAUUCAGUUGGAUUAGCAUUGUCCACCGUUUGGAGUCAGCUGUGUCUCCUUCCUGUUCCAUACUCAGAAGAACAAAUACAAACAGAUAACUACGGACUUUGUCAGUGUUGCAUGGCCUUAAUAGAGUUCACUAAGCCUUUUGUGGAAGAAGUCAUUGGUGACAAAGAAAACUCACUGGAAAAUGAAAAGUUAAAGGAUGAAUUACUUAAAUUUUGUUUCAAAAGCUUGAAAUGCCCUUUGCUGACAGCACAAUUCCUUGAACAGUCUGAAGAAGCUGGAAAUGAUCCUUUAAGGUGUUUUGCUUCUGAAAUAAUAGAGCCCCUACGACCUCAGAUAUCAACACUGUUUCCUCAACCUUUGAUGCUGCUGACCAGUAUUCCUCUUGCCCACUCUAGGCAGACAGUGGGUAUUUUAUCAGCAAUUGGACACCCUUUCCCCAAAAUGAUUUUUAAUCAUGGAAGGAAAAAGAGGACUUGGGAUUAUCUUGAAUUUGAGGAAGAAGAAGACAAACAAUUAGCAGACUCUAUGGCUUCUCUGGCAUAUCUAGUAUUUGUACAGGGCAUCAGUAUUGAUCAGCUUCCAAUGGUCUUAAGCCCAUCGUACCUUUUGCAAUUUAAUAUGGGGCAUAUUGAAGUAUUUCUGCAAAGAACAGAAGAGUCUGUUUUCUGCAAAGGAUUGGAUCUGUUGGAAAAUGGUUUAUUGAGAAUAGAAGAUAACAGUCUACUUUACCACUUCUUAGAAAUCAAAAGUUUUCUUACCGUACCUCAGGGUUUAGUCAAAGUAAUGACACUUUGCCCUGUUGAGACAUUGAGGAAAAAGAGUUUAGCUAUGCUUCAGCUGUAUAUUAACAAGUUGGAUUCUCAAGGCAAAUAUACGUUAUUUAGGUGCUUAUUGAAUACAAGUAAUCAUUCAGGUGUGGAGGCCUUUAUUAUUCAAAAUAUCAAAAACCAAAUUGACAUAUCAUUAAAGAGAACAUAUAAUAAAUGGUUUACAGGACCACAGCUGAUUUCCCUUCUAGAUUUGGUACUCUUUCUCCCAGAGGGUGCUGAAACAGAUCUACUACAAAAUUCAGAUAGGAUAAUGGCUUCAUUAAAUUUAUUGAGGUAUUUGGUUAUCAAAGAUAAUGAAAAUGACAAUCAAACUGGAAUAUGGACAGAACUUGGAAAGAUUGAGAAUAAUUUCUUAAAGCCACUCCAUACAGGACUUAAUAUGUCAAAAGCACAUUAUGAAGCACAAAUUAAAAAUAACCAAGAAAAUAGCCAAGAAGUCCAGAAGUCUAAAGACAUUUGUUCUAUAACUGUAGGUGGAGAAGACCUCCCUAAUAUGCCUCCUGAAAUGCAGCUUAAGGUCCUGCAUUCAGCUCUUUUCACGUUUGAUUUGAUUGAAAGUGUUCUGGCUCGGGUAGAAGAGCUCAUUGAAAUAAAAAGGUCUACCUCUGAAGAAAAUACUGGGAUAAAGUGAAAACUCCAUGUCUUAAAUAAAAAAUUAGUAAAGUACUGUAUCCAUUUAUUUAUUUAAUACCUUUACAAAGUUUUUUUCUGUAAAACAUCGAUAGAAAAAUAAAUGUAGCUUUCCUCAUUUAUCAGUUUAUAAUGGCACAUUAUGGAUCAGUAGUAGUAUGUUUUUAAAAAGAUCCAUCUCCAUGGUAAAUAAUGCCCAUAUAUGUAUUCUAAAUACUAUUUAAAUUCAAUACAAAUUAAUAAUUUUGUAUUAUAAUUUCAUAAAAUUAUAAUUUGAAUUGUCUUUAUGUAUUCAUAUAGUUGUAGUGAGUUUAUAAAUUUACUGAUACACUUUGUGUUCCAGUUAGAUGCUUUGUUAUAUUUUAGAACUCCUAGUGUCAAACUGGACAUCACAUGACUAUAAGAGAGUAUAGAGAGGUUUUGAGUUCAGGCCAGUUGACUGCUUAAUUUCCUUCUUUUUCCCUGUCUCAGAAGUCUUAGCGGGGGGAAGUCCUAUUACCAUCUCUCAAGCAGCAGUUAUGUGACUGCUUCUAAGAUUAAUUUUAGAACUAUUGGAUGCCCUUGUGGAAAAGCUGAAAAGUAUAUAUGACUUUUCCUUUAGUCUAAGGGGCUAAUUAGAAAAUGCUGUAUUUUUAUUUCCUAAUAAAUAUCUGUCUAUCCAAUUUAAUUUGUAUCAUUAAGAAACUGCAUCUGAGUUUUAUAUGUAUGUACCAAUUUUUCUAAACAUUAAAGGAAUUACUCAAAACUAAAAAUAA